AUGGCGCAUGCACAGAAAGCUGCAGGCGACGGCAUUCCCUCAGGGACCCCUUUAUGCCCCUCGAACGACGAGGCGGAAAGUCCGUCGCUGUUGUGCCUGCUGAGGACCAAGCGGGACCUCGCCGAUCUCGAGGUGAAACCCAUACCCGGCGUGUUCGUCUCACCAGAUGAAGAUCACGCCACCAAGAUUCACGCGCUCAUGGUGGGUCCCAGCGGCACGCCCUACGAGGGCGGGUUUUUUCACUUCCUCAUCGACUGCGGCGCCGACUAUCCGAUGCAGCCGCCAAGCGUCCGCCUUAUGACCACCGAUGCGGGUCGCGUCCAAUUCAGCCCGCACAUCUACAGCAACGGGAUAAUUCACCUGGGUGCGUCCUGGACACCAGUGCAGAGCAUCGGCAGCUUGCUGGCUUCCAUGUCGUCGCUGCUGCGAGCGGACGCCUACAGCGCGGGACAUCUGUCAGAUGAAACGUACCGGGAAGCCAUGAGCCGUCACAAUGCCUUGCUGCAGCACGAGACGUUGAGGGUCGCCGUGUGCGACAUGGUGGAAGCGUGCCUCCAAGGCAAUUCCGCGUACCCACGUGGUUUGGCGGAACUAGUUGUCCUGCAGAAGUUUGUAGGAUAUUACAACAGGUACAAGGAGAUCAUCGAGGCCAACCUUCACCUCAGCGGCAAAGAGAUGAGGUCAUUUGCAGGUUCUCUCAAAGGAACUUUCGACUACAGUGCACUGAUGGCUCGGCUAGAGGACUUGCGUGAGCGACUGCAGCGCAAGUACGGCACCAACUCAAGUUCCAAUGUCUAG